AUGUCGGAGCCUUCGAACACAUCCUUUCCACCUUCUAAUUGUCAGACUAUUUUGGAAUUUAAAAUUAUAGGAGGAUAUGGCGUUGAUAGUACAAUCAACAGGAAUAAUGUUUCUAGUAGCAGUACUGAAGGUUCCAAAAGUAAUAAUAAUAAUAAUGGAGAAGUGGAUAUAUGUAUGAAGUAUGAUAAAAAAAUAUUGGAUGGUGAAAUUAAAUUGGGAUUUAGUGAUGAUGAAAAUGCGAAUAAAGAAUUAAUGAAAGAAUUCAUUUCUGCAAUUAAUUAUGGUGACUCCUAUUUUUACAAUAAUUCAUAUAAUCAAGUACCAUGUGGUGUUAAACAGACUAAUACUAAUAAGUGGAUAUGGAAAAACGCAAUAACAAUUGAUACAAGUAAAUCUGAAUUAAAGAACAAUGGCAAAUAUAAAAAUACAAUAGGUGUUCCUCCAAGAACACAAAGUUUAUGUCUAGGAUAUUUAGGUAAAUUAAGCGUAAAAAAUAUAAAUGAUUUCAAUGGUAUUAGUCGUUUAUUAUAUGAAUGGAUAAUUGCUGCAAAACUUGAAGGACAAAAAUUAGAAUAUCAGUAUAAAAAUAAUGGGGACAAAAAAAAAUUAUGUAAAGCAUUAGCAUACAGUUAUGCUGAUUAUGGAGAUUUGAUAAAAGGUACAAGUAUAUGGGGAAAUGCAAAUACUAAACAACUUGAAAUAAAUUUAAAAAACAUAUUUGAAACUGUUUUCAAGAAUCAAAUUGAACAAAACGGACAAACAAGUGGUUCAAAUAAAUAUCCUGGAGAUUUAAAAUUAUUAAGAGAAGCGUGGUGGAAUACGAACAAAAAAUAUAUAUUGGGCGCUUUGAUAUUUGGUGCAGAAACGUUAGAAGGAAAAAAUGGUGUACCAUGUCUAUCUGAAAUGAAGAUUUCUCCGCCAACGACCGAUUAUAUCCCACAAUUUUUAAGAUUUACUCAAGAAUGGAUCGAACAUUUUUGCGACAAACGGAAAGCAUAUGCAAAAGAUGUGGUAGAGAAGUGUAAACAAUGUAACGAAGAAUCGGAUAAUUAUCACAAAAAGAACACUAUAGAUAGUAAAAAAGAAUUUGCUGUAACAAAUAGUGGUACAAAUAAUAGCAACAAAAAUUAUGAAGGAGAAGGAGGAAAAUGUUGGGAGAAUAAUGGAAAAGUUGCAAAUACUAUUGGGAAAUGUGAUGAAUGCAAAAGUGCAUGUGAGAUAUUUAAAGCGUUCGUUGAAGGAAAAAAUAUGAACGAUGGAGACGGAAAAACAUGGCGAGAUCGAUGGCAACAAAUGAAUAGGAUAUACGGAGACCUAAUCAAAACAGCGAAGAAAGAAAUAGUUGAAUAUAAAGAAGCACGAAGAAAAGAACAAAUACAGCAGCAGUUCCAGCAACAACAACAACUAUCACAAAGAUUGCAAAGUACUAAUAGUGUCAGUAUGCAACCGUAUAUGAUGAAAUGUGGUGAUAACAAUUAUUGUCUCAAACCUAAUAACGACUCGUUUUACCAAUAUUUAGCAUAUAACGGUUAUACAACACUUAAUAGUUAUAUGAAUUUGGUAUUAAAAGAUAUGGACUGUGGGGAUGAUAAACCUAGAUGGGAUCGCUCCACAGUGGUAAAAGAGACACAAAAUAUCCAACCAACUAGCAGCAGUAAAAAGAAGAAAGUGAUAUAUCCACAACUUUUUGGAGAGCGUCCUUCGGGAUACAAAUAUGCCUGUGAAUGUCGUAUACCUUCGAGAGAAGAACUUUGUCGUGAUAACCAUAUGUAUAACACGAGAUGGGAAUGUGGAAAGGAUGAUAUGGUUGACAGUGUUAGUAGCCACGUGCAGUCAAGUACGAGACCUAGUGCACCUACUGGAGUCAGUGGAGGAGGAACAUAUGUAUUGUGUAAUCUCAGACAUGACGAAAAUGACGAAACAGAUCAAACAUCCACUAGGGGUCCAUCCAGUGCAUCUGUAUUUGGUACAAACCUAACUGGUGAAGACCUCGAAUUUUUUAGUUUGUUUGAUUCAUGGUAUAAAGAUAUACAAGAUAAAUUAGAUCGUCAUUUUCAUCGUAUUAAUCGUGAUUGUAAACUAGAAAAUAUUAUGGUGCAAAGUGAUGGUAGAGGUCCCACAAUUUCUCCAGAAUGCCAAACCUGUCGUGACAAUUGUGAAUGUUAUAAACUAUGGGUAAACAAUAUGAAAGACCAAUGGGAAAAACAGAAGAAAAAUUACGAGAUAUUUCAGAACAAAUCACCUAGUCAAAAAAUUUCAUUAAAUGAUUAUUUAUUUUCUAGAUGUUGGGCAGAAUAUUUUGAAAAGGAUGUUAAAUCCAAAUCGCUUAAGGAAAUUGAUGUUGUAGAAGAUAUACAUAUUAUAAAUUUGUUACAAGAACGAUGUGGCGAAGAUAAAGUAAAUGCCGAAAACAAAUUCCAAGAAAGAAUAAAAAAAGCUGAAAAUGAAAAAAAAAUAUGUCAUAAAAAACAAGAUAGGUGCCAAAAGGGGGGAGAGACACUUAAUUGUGAUGCAUUCGUUGGUAAUGUUAUUGGAUGUAAUAAUAAAUAUUAUGAUAAUAUAAGUGAUGCAAAAACAUGGAACUGUACACAAACUUCUAAUGGUGGUGCAAAAUUACAACCUGGAACAUGUGUUCCCCCACGAACUCAAACAUUAUGUGUAGCAAACAUGUAUUCUGGUGGUAAUAUACUAAUAAAUAGUGGUGAUGACGAAAAUAAUUUAAAACAAUACAUAAUGAAUGCCAUGAAAAAAGAAACGCAACUUUUAUACGAUUAUUAUACGUCAAAGGAUGAUAAUAAACGGGCAAUCAUAUCAAAAACAUCUAGUGGUCAAAAAGGUAAAAACGAUUCUAAUUAUAUGCCUAAAAAUUUUUGCAAAGCAGCAGAAAGGACAUAUAAUGAUUUCAAACAUAUGGUUUUAGGAGAUGUUCCGUCGAAAACUGAUAGUUUCAAUAAAAUACAUGAAGAAAUUAAAAAAAUACUUCAAAAACAAAAUAAUAAACAACAGCAAUCUAAUCCACAGACUCCUGAAAACUGGUGGGAUACACAUAGUGAUAAGUUCUGGGAUGCUGUCAAAUGUGGGAUUAAAACACAAACCCAACCAGAUGGUUCUAAGAAAAAUUUUAGUGGCAAUGAGUGUGGUGAGUUCCCCCCAGAUGAUACGGAUAACCAAUUUGUUUGGUGGUUCAAAGAAUGGGGCCAACAAUUUUGCUUCGAACGGAAAAAAUAUAUAGACGCGAUAAACGAAGUGUGUGAUUCAUUAUGGUAUAACAGGUGUGAUAUUAGUACACAAAAAACAUUGAAAGAUGUAUGUCAACAUAAAUGCCAAGUAUACAAAGAUUUUAUUCAAGAAAAACAUUCAGAAUGGAUACAACAGAAAACCAAAUAUGAAAGUGAAAAUCCUGAAAUGUUUGCGCACGAAUUAUUUUCACAACAUUAUCCUGAAUGUGUAGAUACAAAUUUCGAACUGAUAUUUGAAGAAAAAGUCUCAGCAAAUAGUAAACCAUCAAAAACAGAAUUGAAAUAUGAUUAUGCCGAUGCUAGUGAUAUAUGUUCGUGCAAAGACCAAACAUAUGCGUGUAAGAACGAUGGUAAUAAAUCAACAUGUAAAGAAAAAGGUGGCGAUGUAACCACCUGGCGUACCCAUUUAUUAAAAACUGGAAAGGACGGCAAACCAUUACGUGGCGUCUACGUUCCUCCGAGACGCCAAAAAUUAUGUCUAGCAAAUUUAUAUCCAAUAAUUUUUGGAAAAGACAAAAAUAACAAUAACGAUAAUAGCACAAAAAAGAACGAGCUAUUGAAUAGAUUGAAAAUAGUUGCAGAAAGAGAAGCGUACUACCUGUGGUUACAGCAUGUUACAAAAGAUAAGAAACUCGACACAACGUCCCACAAUAGAGCCUGCUGUGCUAUAAGGUCAAGUUUUUUUGAUAUUGGAGAUAUUGUUAAAGGUGCAGACAUAUGGGACGAUCCUAGCAAAACAUAUAUACACAAAACCUUAAACGAUAUAUUUGGAAAAGAAUUAGAAGAAUUAAAAAAAUCACAAAAAGAACCAACAUACGAAAAUCCUAUUUUAUAUUUAAGAAAAAAAUGGUGGGAAAUAGACGAAACCGUUGGUAAUAGUGGAAAUAAUAAGAAAACCAACAGAGACAGUAUAUGGGACGCUAUGCAAUGCGGAGUCAAGAAUGCGAUAACAGAAUUAAACGGAAAUGGGGAAGAAGUUCAGGAUAAAGAUUUGCCAAAGUGCAUACAAGAUAUAAAUCAAAAGCGUAAUGUCUACUUAGUUGCCACACCUCAAUUUGUUAGAUGGUUAGAAGAAUGGUCUCAACAAUUUUGCGAUGAAUACCCAAAACAUAUGGAAAAAUUAGGAAGACAAUGUAAACGUAGCAGUGGUAAUAAUAAUUGCAACGACCAUUCCAAUAAGGAUUGUAAAGAUGUUUGUGCAAAAUAUAAUGAUUGGAUAAGUUUAAAAAAAAAGGAAUGGGAUGGUAUGAGCAAAUAUUAUUCUAAAAUAUUACAAAUGGGAAAAAGUAGUGAUCAGUCCCCUGAUGGAACUGAUUACGAUGCAAUCACUCAACCUACAGCCAUUGAUUAUUUGAACCAAAAAUGUAAUAAAAACAUAGAUGGAACAAAUAAUUGUUGUCACUGUAAAGAUAUAGGAAAAGACAGUACGCUGUCUCCUACGUCACAAAAUAGUAGUAAUCAUGAUAAACCGCUUGAACAUAUGCACAAAGUCGUCAAUAAAAUUGACGAUAAAUAUAAAAAAUAUAUGCCACAAUGCACCAAAUGUUACAUUCAACACAUCAGGGAUCAGAUAGAAAACAUAACUGAUGUGUUAAAGGGUAGAAAGGAGCAGAACACCAAAGGAAGGAGUAGUAGUAGUUCUAAUAAUCCGUGUGCCCAAAGCACCACAAAACCCGAUAAAAAUAUGAUGGAAAUAGCACAAAUAUUUCAGGCGGAAGCAGAAACACAAUUGAAUGGUCGUGGUGGUGAUAGUUUGAAAGGUGAUGCAUCCAAAGGAACAUAUAACAACAAUGUUAAUGGAUAUGACCUGAAAGAUAGCAAUAUUUGUAACCUUGAAAAAACCAAACAUACGAAUGAUGGUCGUGGUGGUAAUAACGGUGGACCAUGUAAAGGAAAAGGUUUGGGUGAAAAUAAUACUGUAAACACGCGAUUUGUUGUAGGAUUUCUAUGGCAAAAGGAUGAGACAAACAUACAUGAAAGCCACAAAGAUGUUAUAAUGCCCCCACGACGUCGUCAUAUAUGUACAUCGAAUUUAGAAAAUUUGUUCACUUCUGCAAGGGGACUUAAUGGUGAUAAAGUUAAUAACUCUUUUUUUGGAGAUGUAUUGCUUACUGCAAAAUAUGAAGCAGAAAAAAUAAUAAGUAUGUAUAAAGGUAAGAAUAAACUAACUGAUCAAGGGGUACCAAAAGACCCAAAUCACAGGGAAUCUAUAUGUCAUGCGGUACGUGGCAGUUUUGCAGAUAUUGGGGAUAUUAUAAGAGGAAGAGACUUAUGGAGUAGAAACGGUGAAAUGAAACUGCUAGAAGGUAAGUUGAAAGACAUAUUUGGAAAGAUAAAAACACUAGUUGAUAGUAGUGCCAACAAAUAUAGCACCGACACCCCCCAACAUACCAAUCUACGUAAAGAUUGGUGGGAAGCAAAUAGAAAACAAGUCUGGGAAGCAAUGAAAUGCGCAGUAAAAGAUUAUAAAGUUCCCUAUGUUUUGGAAUCAUCAAGUGGUGGUAGUCGGAAAGCUAGUGAGAAACCAUAUUGUGGAUUUGAUGAUAGUGGUACUCCACUUGAUGACUACAUCCCGCAACGAUUACGCUGGUUAGGCGAAUGGGCCGAGUGGUUUUGUAAAGCACAAAAAGACGAGUAUGACAAGGUGCGAUCGGCGUGUGAACAAUGUAAGGGUGGAACAUGUGGAAAAUGUAACGAUUGCAAAGAAGCUUGUGGUAAAUAUACUCAAUUUAUUAAUGAUUGGAAACAACAAUGGACAGAAAUAGAUAAAAAAUACAAAGAUUUAUACCAACAAGCAAAAAGUAAUAGUGGUGGUAGUGGUACUAGUGGUGAUCGCAAUCAAGAAUACCUUGAUGAAUUUUUAAAACAACUUAAGGAUAAAAAUACCAGUAAUAUCACGUAUGGUACCGCUGCAGGAUAUGUACAUGAAGAAAUUAAAGAUAUAGGUUGUAAUACACAGAAAUAUUUUUGUGAAAAACCGACUAAUGGUGGCAAAAAGGAGGAGUAUGCUUUUGAGGAUCCCCCCAAAGAUUAUAAACAAGCCUGUGAUUGUCAGGAGUAUAGGGCACAAAUUACAUCAUCGACGACAAAGGGACAAGGAUCACAGGAACUGGACACGAGUGGAUCACAACAAUCGAAGGCACUUGUGACACCACAAUCAUCAUCGUCACAACAACCAUCCAUUGGGGGAAGUGGUAAUCCUAGUACACGUGGUGGAAGCACUGUAAAAGACCAGGACCAAGGAACAACAUCAACUGGUGGAGCUAGUGGUCAGGAACAAGACACAGGACAAGGACACGACCCCAACACAAAAGGCCCUGAUCAAAAUAUUGGCAGUGCUGGUGCGUUGGUGCCACAGGGUGGUGCUAGUGUUCAUGGUAGUAGUGUGCCGACAUUACCAAAUGCUCACGAUGCUAGUCAACCUAAUCAAAAAGGUGUUAUCGAUAGUACUCCUCCUCCUGGUACUGAACAAGGUGCUUAUGAACCCCCUCCUUCUCGUGGUGGCCACUCUUCUCCUACACCCUCUACUGGUGGUACAUCUGCUGCACCUUAUAACAAACCCACAACACCCAAAGAUGAAUUUAAGGAAUUGAAUACAUGUCCUUUUGAGAUUGGUGCCACUGGUGGUGUUACUACUGCUGUAAAUAAUGAAACAUGUAAAAAAUUUCUUGUUUAUAAACGAUGUAUAAGUACUAAAUAUGAUAAUAAUUUGAAUAAUUGGAAAAGCGACCUUGUAAAAAAUAAUAGAGAUAAGAAUGAAGGGGUAUUAAUGCCACCAAGAAGGACACGUUUGUGUAGAGCACCUUUUUUAGGACAAUUUUAUCGUGCAAAUGAAAAAGAUUCAUUUAUAAAUCAUUUUUAUACAGCGACGUUUAAUCAAGGAAUCCUUUUAGGUAUAUUAUUCAAAGAUAAUAAAGAUGAAGCAUAUGAGUCACUAAAAAAUAGUUUUUAUGAUUAUGGAGAUAUAAUUAAAGGUACUGACCUUGUGGAAGAAACACUUAUCCAUGAUUUAAAUGAAAGGUUAAAUAAAAUGUUUCCAAAAAAUAGUGCUUCAUCUACAUCUGUUGAUGGACGAGAACAAUGGUGGAAUGAAAAUAAGAAACGUGUUUGGAACGCCAUGUUAUGCGGUUAUCAUAAAGGAAUAAAUGAUCUACAAACACAUAACAAAGGUAGAAGAAAAUCGCCUUCACUUCCUUCAUCAUUAACUAAAAUUAUUCCAGAUGAUUGGUGUCCCGUACCUUCUGAUGACACAACGCCACAAUUUUUGCGUUGGAUGACUGAAUGGUCACGACAGUUUUGUGAAGAAAAAGGAAACGAAACCAUAUCAUUACAAAAAAAUUGUUUAGAUAAUGAUGGUAAUACAACAAAAAUUGAAACAAAUAAAGGAUACAAAUUAAAUGAUACUAAUUGUUUAGUGUCGAUGAAAAAAUAUAAGGAAUGGAUUGAUAGUAAACGUGAACAAUGGCAAUCAUGGGAAAAGAUAUACAAAAAAAAAAAACAAAAUGUAAAACAUAUCACAUCAAGUGCCACUUUCCUACCUGGAACAUCAUCACAAGAAUUAGCAUCACAAAAUGAUGCGGAAAAAUAUGUACAAAUGAAUUGUGAUAAAUGUGACUGUAACAUUAAUAAUUUAGAGUAUAUGUAUAAACAAGUAGAUAAACCUAGUAUAAACGCAAUUAAAAAAAUCGUUGCAAAAGUUCAAGAGGAUAUACCAGAACUGAAAUUAGUAAGUCUAAAUGAUGAUAUUAAAUUUGUACAAGAUAUGAUUAAAAAAGUCACAGAAAAUGCCAAUAUUAUUGAAGAAAAAAUAAAUCCACAGGCAAAACAAUUAGAAGUAAAUAAAACAAAAUCAAACACAUCUCCAGGUUUUCGUAUUCUUACUAAUUUGUGGAACACAAUAACAAAAACUGUUUUGACGUCUGCGGCUGCUGCUGGAAAAUUGGGUGUUGCUGCAACAACAGCAGCUAUUGAUACUGCUGCAGAUAUAAUUCCUCAAGCUGUAGAAGUUGGGGUAGAAGCUGGGUUAAAAGUUGGAAUAGGUGCUUUAGAUGGAAUAAAGAGUAUGAUUCCUAGUGGUAAAAGUGUGGAUGCUACCAAAGUUGAUUGUGGAAGCGCGUCAUCAAAAGGAUCAACCGCAUCACCAGGAACAUCUGGACAAUCUGCAAAAACAAAACCCUCAGCCUCAAAUGUGACAACCCUAAGCGACAUCUUAACUUAUACUGUCACUUUUCCAGUAGGAUUUUUAUUAGGUGCGUUCGGGUUCCUUUUCUUCUACCUGAAGAAAAAACCUAUACUUCGACCUACAAAGCUUUUUAGUGUCAUCGAUAUACCACAAAAUGAUUAUGGCAUCCCUGAUGAAACAUCUACCAAUCGGUAUAUUCCAUAUGGUCGAUAUAAAGGCAAAACAUACAUUUAUGUGGAAGAACAUUGUAGUGGUAGAGAGAAUAUCUUUGAGUCUGACACUACCGAUAUAACUUCGUCAGAAAGCGAGUAUGAAGAACUGCAUAUUAACGAUAUAUAUAAAUAUAAAUCACCAAAAUAUAAAACUUUAAUUGACUUAGUACUAAAACCAAGCAGCAAAACACAUGAUGCUGAAAAUACACAUAUAGAUCAUAUGGAGGAUACAAUUCAUACACCUAACAAUAAUCCUACCGAUGAUGAAUGGAAUCAACUAAAACAGGAUUUUAUUUCGCAAUAUUUAGAAAACAUACCAAAGGAUUUACCUAAUGAAAAUACCGUUGAUGAUAAUAUGCCUAAGGAUAUCCAACCUGAUAUUUUACCCCAUAAUAUGGAAGAAAAACCUUUUAUUACAUUCAUUCAAGAUAGAUUUCUUGAUAGUAGUCGUGAAGAUGUUACUUAUAAUAUAAAUUGGAAUGUUCCAAAACAUACACAGAUAUAUUCUAACAUUACACAUCCCCCUAAGGACAAUAAUUUAUAUAGUGGUACAGAUCUAAUUAAUGAUUCGUUAAAUAGUGAACAACAUGUUGAUAUUUAUGAUGAAUUGCUUAAAAGGAAAGAAAACGAAUUAUUCGGGACUAAACAUCCAAAAAAUACUACAAAAUCUAAAUACAUUUCCAUUUGA